AUGAAAGCAUACGUACAACCAUCAUUAUCAUCAACAACAUAUAUACAUCGUAAUGAAAUACUAACAUUUAGGUUCUUUAUAUUAUCUGCAGGAGAAUACUCAACUUCAAAUUCGUUAACAAUACAACUAUGGAGCAACCUAAAAAAUGCUGUUUGGAAUGGUCUAAACUUUACAGAAAAAAGUAAAGAAGUGAUUUUUGGGUGUAAGGAAGAAAAAUAUCGUGUGUUUGAAGUGGAAUCUGGCACAGAUGUUGAAGAAGGUUGGUAUGAAUUUACAGUUAGAGUACAUAGUUCAGUAUGGAGUAAUGAUGAAGAAUGGAAAUGGUUAAGCGAGGGUGAAAACCAAAAUGGAAGAAUUUUUAUUGGAAGACCAAAAGAAAGUAUGCUAAAUGUUAUUUCUAUUUCUGGAAUCGAAAGUAUUUUUGAUGAACAUGUUUUUGACCGCAUAGAGAAAUUACAGACAGGUAAUAAUACUCGCACUGAUAGUUGGUGUACGUCAAUGAGCAUGACUAUAUCCAAAGAGUUCUUUGUUUACAGAAGUUUAGGUAGACCUAAGGAAUUUGUUAGAUAUUUUGGAUUAAAAAGAAUGACAAAUUGGUGGUUGGUUCCGACAACUGGAAGCGAGAAAUUAAAUAUUUCAUCAGAAGAUGUUCAAUAUUUAAUUAUACAACAAUCGUCAGGCAAUUUUGUAGUUUUAAUUCCUUUGACCAAUGAGAAAUAUUAUAGUUCACUUAAUUCAGAUGAUAGCGGAGAAUUGAUAUUAAAAUGUGCAAUUAAUAGUAAGUGCGACAAAGAAGUUGAAGUUAAAUUAGUUGUAAGCAGAGGGUGGGAUUUAAGUGAUUCAGUGAAAAGUUGCAUGGAGGCGACUAAAAAAAUAACGUUUCGGGAAGAUGUUGAACAUGAAUCAGCGCGGGUUAAAAGCCACGGAAUUAAUUAUUACGAUAAAUUAGGAUAUUGCACGUGGAAUGCAUUUUAUGAUAAUGUUAGAGAAGAUGAUUUGUUACGAGCGCUAAGGUCUUUGCAUAAUGUCGGAAUACAAAUUGGAUAUAUUAUAUUAGAUGAUGGAUGGCAAAAAAUCAAUAAAAAUAGAGAAAUGCAAGGAUUUGAAGCCAAUCAAGAAAAGUUUCCUAGUGGAUUAAAAGGAUUAAUUGAUAAAGUGAAGAAAGAAUUUCCUUAUGUUGAAAACUUUGGCGUAUGGCAUACAUUAUGGGGAUAUUGGAAUGGAGUCGAUCCAUCAUCACUUUCUACAAAAUAUGAUAUUCACAAGACCACAUAUCAAAACAUUAAGACAGCUCAUAUAAUUUCACCAAAAGAUAUACAUAGAUUUUAUAAUGAUUUUUAUUCAUACUUGAAAGAACAGGAUGUUAACAUGGUUAAGACUGAUUUUCAAGCGUGCUUUGAUGAUAUUAUAGAUCAUGAGGAAUGUAAAUGGUGGUGGGUUGAUUAUCAAAAAGCAUUAAUAGAAUGUAGCAAUAAAUAUUUUAAUCAAAAAAUCAUUUAUUGUAUGGCUCAUAGUCCUUUCAUCAUGCAAAAUACGUUAUCAAAUAAAAGUAUUUUAAGUGGAGAUUCUAAACCCCUUUUUAGAAAUAGUGAUGACUAUUAUCCGGAUAUUGAAGAAUCACAUUCGUGGCAUAUUUAUACAAAUCUUAUGAAUAAUUUGUUUACGAUGCAUUUAUAUAGUAUACCAGAAUGGGACAUGUGUCAGUCUUAUCAUAAGUAUGGGGAGUAUCAUGCUGCUGCCAGAACAAUUAGCGGUAGUCCGAUGUAUAUUACUGAUUUACCGGAUCAUCAUAAUGUGGAAAUAUUGAAAAAAUGUUUGGUUAAAACUCCAAAAAAUACCAUGCAAUUAUUGAGAUGUGAACAAUCUGCUGUUCCGUCUGGAAAUACUGAUGAUUUAUUUUUAAACUUGACUAAGGUUGAUAAAUUAUUGAAGAUUUUGAAUAAGAAUGGUAGGAUUCGUGUACUUGGAUUGUGGAAUUGUCGAGACAAAGAUAUAAUCGAUCAAGUUAACAUUAGGGAGAGCUUAAGGUUUGGAGAGUAUUCUAUGAAAGAAAGUGAGGAUGUAAAAGAAGAUAUUGUGAUUUAUUUUGUGAAGAAUAAGGAGUUGGUAUCUUUGAAGAAAGAGAGUAUUAAUGUCAUGGUUAGAAAACAAUCUUUUGAAAUUGUUUUAUUUAUACCUGUGGAUAUGUUAAAUAUAGAUAAUUACCGUAUCAAGAUGGCCUGUAUCGGAUUAAUUGAUAAAUAUAAUGGGAGCAAUGCUAUAUUAUCAAGUGAAUUAAAAAGAAUUCGUAAUCAAGCUGUUUAUUAUGCUAAUUUGGUUGGUUAUGGAGAAUGUGGAUUUUAUAUAUGGUGUGAUAAGGGAAAGAUUGUUAAUAUUAAUGUCUAUUCGAAUGAUGAUGAAGUGGAGGAUAAGAAUAUAAAGUAUGAAAUGGAAAAGUACAUGUUAAUUGUUCAGUUAGAAAAUAAUGAAAGAGAAUGUGAGAAGGAUAGCGUUAAAUUAAGAAUUGAAGUAAAUUUUGAUGUAUAG